GAAACGGCUCACAAGUUUCAUGACUAAUCUUUACAUUUUACUCAAAUCCGAACACAAUUCGAACGUAACCAGGUUGCCGACUCCCAACUCCCAAGACCAGCAGUGCAGCAGGUGUCAGAUCAGGGUUCCGGUCAUGCGGCACAACACAGCGGGGCAUUUUGCGGCGCAUUGGCCGCUCACGCGUGCCCCACCUCGUCCCCUUUUCUUUUCUUACGCUGCAGAGUCAAUGCCCUGGUCAAAGCUCCGCGCGAGCAUGUCUUCCUCCUGCCCCUCCUAGGCUACAGCCUCCCCAGGCCCCGUCUGCUCCCCGUGUCCCCCUUCCCCCUCUCCUCCCGUUCCCCCACCGGCGCAGGCACCCACAUUCCCCUCCCCCGCCGCAGAUCUCCCGGUCCCCCCCACCAUGGACGUCCCAUCCGCCUCGGUCUCCACCUCCGCCGCCGCGGGAUCGGCCUCGCGCGACGUCGCCGCGAUGCCGGACACCCCGCCGCGCCGGGCGGCGAGGCACCGCCGCGCGCAGUCGGAGAUCCUCCUCGGAGCCACCGCCCUCCCCGACGACCUAACCUUCGACGCCGACCUCGGCGUCGUCGGAGAGGGCAGCGGCGGCGGCGGCGACAACUACGACGACGAGGACGACUAUGAGGAGGACGAGGAGGGGAGCGGCGGCGGCGGCGGGGGCAGCCGGAUGUUCGAGAUGUUCCUCGAAUCCGGCGGCGGGCUGGCCGAGCCGCUGGAGGCAACGCCGUACCCGCCGCCGCCGCCCUCACGGCCCCGGCACCAGCACAGCAUGUCCAUGGACGGCUCCACGUCGCUUGCGGCCUCCUCCUCCGCGAUGGCCGGGAGGGCCGGUGCGGACGCCAAGAAGGCUAUCUCCGAUGCCAAGCUCGCGGAGCUCUCUCUCGUUGACCCCAAGCGCGCCAAGAGGAUCUUGGCAAACCGCCAGUCAGCUGCUAGGUCAAAAGAAAGAAAGAUGCGGUACAUUGCAGAGCUUGAGAGAAAAGUACAGACUCUCCAAACAGAAGCAACUACACUUGCAGCUCAGUUGUCCAUGUUACAGAUAGAUACCACAGGUUUAACAAGUGAGAAUGGUGAUUUGAAGCUGCGGCUGCAAACAAUUGAGCAGCAGGUCAGGAUGCAGGAUGCACUGAACGAUAGACUGAGGGAUGAGGUUCAGCAGCUCAAGAUUGCAACAGGACAGGUCAAUGCUAGCAGUGGAAAAAUGGGAAACUUCGGCCUGUCCUCGUACGGAUCUAAUCCACAAAGUUACCAGCGCAGCCAUGUACAAUCUCUUCUCGCCGCCCAGCAGCUGCAGCAACUCCAGAUCCACCACUCCCAGCAGCAGCAACAUCAAAUGCAGUUGCAGGACCAACAACAUCUUGCCACGGUCCAGCGCCAGCGCCAGCAGCAACUACUUCAGGAAGCAAUGCCAUUUCGGGGAGACCUGAAGAUGAAAGGAAUUGCCAUGACAUCCCAUGUGCAAAAUGCAGCCGCUUUUGAUGCCCACGCAAGGAGCGAGCCGUGAGCCCGUGAAGUGGCACAGCAGGAUAGGUACAUGUCAGCUGUCAGUAAUAAUAUUGCGUUGUACUGUCUGAGUUGAGUGACUCUCAUGCAUAUGCUAGUGCAGUACUCCGUAUGUAGGUGCAGACCCCAUUCAGGUGCAAGCUGUUGCAGAACUGAUGAACCAAACCAAGUACUCCUUUAGCAGGCGGAGUGUUUCGUCUGGAAUUAACCCUUGAGUUUGUGUCCGAAACCUUUGUCGGAUAUAAUACUGGUAGUGGUCUAGCAGAAGUUCAAACACUGACGAGCUAAACCGAAUGUUGCUUUUGCCCAGAUGAGGCUGACGUAUUUGUCAGUUCAAUCAAAUAAAAUGCUCCAUGGAAAAAUACUCA